UGUGAGGGCAGGAGCCACGAGUGCCUUGUUUCCUUCUCACAGCCUUGCACAGUGUAGGUGUUUGCUAAGUGAUCCAUAGAAGAAGGGAGGAGUGAACCAUGGGUUAAGAUGGAAGAAUCUACAUUGGAGGGUAGUGCCAUUUCUCUAAAAUUGGUCAUAAGUGAUUUAAACUGUACAGAAUUCUUAUUCCAAACUCCUGGUUUUCCCUGCAUUUUCCAGAUAUUCUGGCUGCCUGUCACCCUGGAACACAGUUCAGUCCUACCAUGGAUGCCACAGCCUGUAAUGGAUCAAGAGACUCUUCACCCAUCUUCUACCUGGUGGGCAUCCCUUCUCUACAGGAGUUCCUCUUCCUCCCUGUCUUCUUCAUCUUCCUGUUCUUCUACCUGCUUAUCCUGGUGGGUAACACCCUGAUCCUGGUGGCUGUGGUAGCAGAGCCCAGCCUCCACAAGCCCAUGUACUUCUUCCUGAUCAAUCUUUCUGCUCUGGACAUCCUUUUCACCACAUCCACUGUCCCCAAGAUGCUGUCCCUACUGUUACUUGGGGAUCGCUUCCUCAGCUUCCCUGCCUGCUUCCUGCAGAUGUAUCUCUUCCAUAGCUUCUCGUGCUCUGAAGCCUUCAUCCUGGUGGUCAUGGCCUAUGACCGCUAUGUGGCCAUCUGCCGCCCACUGCACUAUCCUGUCCACAUGACCCCACAGACCAAUGCUGCCCUGGCAGCCAGUGCCUGGCUGGCUGCCCUCCUCCUGCCCAUCCCAGCAGUGGUGCAGACAUCUCACAUGGCUUUUGGUUCUGUGGCCCAUGUCUACCACUGCUUCUGUGACCACUUGGCUGUGGUCCAGGCCUCCUGCUCUGACACCACACCCCAGACCUUCAUGGGCUUCUGCAUUGCCAUGGUGGUGUCCUUCCUGCCCCUUCUCCUGGUGCUUCUGUCCUAUGCCCACAUCCUGGCCUCGGUGCUUCGCAUUAGCUCCCAGGAAGGACGCUCAAAAGCCUUUUCCACUUGCAGCUCCCACCUCCUGGUGGUUGGCACCUACUACUCCUCCAUUGCCAUAUCCUAUGUGUCUUACAGGGCUGAUCUGCCCCUGGACUUCCACAUCAUGGGCAAUGUGGUGUACGCUAUCCUCACACCUGUCUUCAACCCUCUCAUCUACACACUGAGGAACAAGGAUGUCAAAGCAGCCAUCACCAAAAUGGCAUGUCCCCAGGGCCCAGGGCAUUCUGGAGACCUUUGACUUCAGAUGUUGUUAAUUCCAUCCCCAAGAUACCAAUGUGCUAAGAACAGAGAAUGACAUCAAAAUGUUUUUUGAGAGAAAGAAUGGCUUACA